GCUGGAGGGGGAGACACCUUUGGGGGCAGAGGAGGAGGAGGAGCAGCCCAGAGUCUGGGGAAGAUGCUCCGGGGAGGCCAGUAGCGGGCUCCGCGGCUGCAGCAUGGCCGUCUCCGCCCUGAGCGGCUUCUCCUUCGUCAGCCUGCUGAGCUUCGGCUACCUCUCCUGGGACUGGAUGAGGCCCGGCCCGGAGCCCCCGGGGGCCAGGCCCCAGCAGCCCCAGCGUCGGCCCCCUCCUCACCUGCUCUUCCUGCUGAGCGACGACCAGGGCUUCCACGACGUGGGCUACCACGGCUCCGAGAUCCAGACGCCCACCUUGGACCGGCUGGCCGCCGCGGGGGUCCGGCUGGAGAACUACUACAUCCAGCCCAUCUGCACCCCCUCCCGCAGCCAGCUCCUCACCGGCAGGUACCAAAUCCAUACAGGUCUUCAGCACUCCAUCAUCCGUCCCCGCCAGCCCAACUGCCUGCCUUUCGACCAGGUCACGCUUCCCCAAAAGCUACAGGAAGCUGGCUACUCCACACACAUGGUAGGCAAGUGGCACUUAGGCUUCUAUCGAAAAGAAUGUCUCCCCACCCGUAGGGGAUUUGACACCUUCUUGGGCUCACUGACAGGCAAUGUGGAUUAUUAUACCUAUGACAACUGCGAUGGGCCUGGAGUGUGUGGCUAUGACCUUCAUGAUGGGGAAAAUGUGGCCUGGGAGCAGAGUGGCAAAUAUUCCACCUUCCUUUACGCUCAGCGUGUCAACAAAAUCCUAGCCACCCACAACCCUAAGGAACCAAUAUUUAUCUAUGUAGCAUUCCAAGCUGUGCAUACACCAUUACAGUCCCCGAAAGAGUACAUCUAUCGAUACCGCUCUAUGGGUAAUGUGGCGCGACGCAAAUAUGCAGCCAUGGUCACAUGCAUGGAUGAAGCUGUGAAGAACAUCACCUGGGCACUGAAGAAAUAUGGUUACUAUGACAAUAGUGUAAUCGUGUUCUCCACAGACAAUGGGGGGCAGACAUUCUCUGGGGGGAGCAAUUGGCCUCUGCGAGGCCGCAAAGGGACCUACUGGGAAGGAGGUGUCCGUGGCAUUGGGUUUGUCCACAGCCCACUGAUUAAACGCAAACGGAGAAUUAGCAGGGCACUAAUUCACAUAACAGACUGGUACCCAACUUUAGUGAACCUGGCUCGGGGCAAUGUUUCUGAAGCAGAUGGUUUGGAUGGCUACAAUGUAUGGCCAGCAAUCAGUGAAGGCAAAGAGUCUCCACGGACUGAAAUCCUGCAUAACAUUGAUCCACUUUAUAACCACGCCAAAUACGGCUCUUUAGAAAGUGGCUUUGGCAUAUGGAACACAGCUGUCCAGGCCUCUGUACGGGUUGGAGACUGGAAGCUCUUGACUGGAGACCCUGGUUACAGUGACUGGAUCCCACCACAGACCCUGGCCACCUUCCCUGGGAGCUGGUGGAACCUGGAGCGCAUGACAGGUGGCAUGCGCAAGUCUGUCUGGCUCUUCAACAUCACUGCUGACCCCUACGAGCGCUAUGACCUGUCAGAGCAGCGGCCUGAUGUCGUUCAGGCUCUCCUCCUCAGACUGGUCCGCUACAAUCAGACAGCUAUUCCAGUCAGAUAUCCAGCAGAAAAUCCUCGAGCCCACCCAGACUUCAAUGGUGGGGCCUGGGGACCAUGGGCGACAAAUGAGGAAGAAGUGUGGGAGGCAGGGCAUGGGAAGCUCAAAAAUAAGAAGCGGAAGAAGAAAUGCAAGAUCUGCAAGCUGCGUUCUUUCUUCCGGAAACUGAACACCCGGCUGAUGUCAAACCGCAUCUGAGUGGUGUGUGUGUGUAUGUAUUUGUGUUGCCAAACGCAACCUUGAAGGUGCAGUUUAUCAUAGCCACCCAGUAUUACAGGAACAUGGGCAGCUGCCUUUUACUGAGUCAGACUCUUGGGCUGUUUGGCCCAGGACUGCUGACAUUGACUGGCAGCAGCUUGGGGUGGGUGAGUAGUUCAGGCAGGAGUUUUUGCUGUCCUACCUCAAAACGUUAAAGAUGGAUUCUGGGACUUCCUGCGCACAAAAGAUGUGCUCAUGGGGAGGGAAAGGAACAUAGCCUCAGUAGCCCAGUUUCAUUCUUCCCAUCUCCAUCAGCAUCCAGUGCUCAAAGGAGAGUGGGAUAGUAUCAGGUGGACAGAACUGAGUUUAUUCCAGUUCUUGGUUUUUCAUCCCACUUCCCUGCCCAUCCUCCUCCUUUAAGCACAGCCCACACCAAUGAUCAUCUGUAUUCGGAAACAACACAAUACCUGUUAUUUUUGGCCUCUGAGUGUCUGCUGGGCAGAUUGUAGAGACAGCCCCUUGCUAUUGGUUCUUUAUUGCAAUAUGUAAGCAGUCAGCGAGGCGAUUAACGCACCCUUGUCUGUUAUGGUGAGAUGCAGUGCAGAGAAAGUAUCCUCGGCAGGCAAAUCAGGAAUGACAAGAGGGAAGCGCUUAAUUGGAACAGCUUAUCUUCUAAUAAGAGAUCAAACCAAUAGCACCCCAAGUACUAAAGGUGUUCAGAUAUGUCUUCUGAGGAAGAGGAGUUGCUUUGUGGUUGCUCUUGCCUCAUCAAACUGACCAUAAAUAAGCUUCAGUUAUGUAACGUUUUUACUCUGGAGAAAAAUAUUGGUGGGUUCUGCUUUGCCUUAAGGCUGCAGUUUCCACCUCUUGGUAACUGCACGUGGGUGGUGGUACAGAAACACUCAGGAUGGUUAUUUUUAUCUGAAAUAGAAUCCUGAUCUUGAACAGUGUGAACAUUUCAUCCUAAAUAUACAUAAUGCCAAACAACUUGUGAAGGUGGGCAGGGACAUGAGUAAAAGGUCUGCAAGUAUUGCCUGGGUAACAUGAGCAGACUCAAGUUUUGGGGACUGAGCAAUGUUUACAUACCUGUUUAUGGACCUGUAGCAGCAGAGGAUUGGCAGCUUCCAUAUUAUGUUAGUGGGGUGGUGAAUCCAGUCUGUGUUUUAGAACUUAUUUGAGCUAUCCAAGAGCUGAAGCCUGUCCUCAAAUUAGGUUCAGCACCUUGGAUACCUUCUUUAAAGUUCAGACUAGGUCCCAGAGCGGAUUCAGCACUCCAAUUGACAUGGGUGCUACCAUUCACCCCUGACAGGUAGUGAGAAACAAUUACGCAUCUAUUUAGCCACUGAAAUACGCACAAUGACUCACAUUGGACAUGAAAGGAAGCUGCUGCUCUUAUGGAGCUUUCUCCACCAUAUGGGUGCUCUUUCACUGCAGUCGCAGGCAGGCUGUAGGUAUCCCUUAUGGCCUUAUAUUUCAGUUCAAGGACAUAGGAGAGUUAGCACAAGUUGCUUCCAUACAAGGAUUUGUGUUUCAAAACAUAUCAUGGGAAUGGUGCAUACAUAUGAUUAGGUCAGAAAUAGUUAAACGGAGCCCUACUGUUGCUACACUCUGGCAGCAGUUGCUUCCAGGAUUUGUUCACGCAGUGAAUAAUUUGUGGAAUUAAUUGAUACAAAGGUGGUGAUGACUACUAGCUUAGUAGUACUAGCUUUGGAAGAAGAUUAGGCAAAUUCAAAUAGAUCAGUCUGCUAAUAGCUGUUAGUCAUGACAGCAAAACAAAACCAUAUUCAAAAGCAGAGUGCCAAGUGUUGGGUGACAAAUAGGGAAUGGCCAACAUGGGCUGUGUGUGGCAACAUUGGACAGGCAAUGUGGAGGAUGUGUGGUACAAGAAGGGCCAGCAUUUUGGUGAUCCCACAUUUCAUAAAUGUCAACAUUUUUCCCGAUUCAAAGAUCUUGUAAUCAUUUGAAUGGGAUUCAACAAACCCUAGAAAAACUAGGCAUCUCUUUGAUGGACUGAAAUGCAGGCAUGUUAACAUAUGCAGAGGGCAGCUGCACAAGGGACAGUCUGGACCAUCACAUGGUGCUGAAUCAACUUACUUGCUUUCUUAAUUUCCCACUGAGUAUCUCUUGGCUUUAAUAGCAAGAGGGUGACAUCUGUUAUCUGAAGAAAGUCAUUGGGAAUAUUCUGGCAAUGUGAGAAUGUCCGCCCCCUCAACUUGGCUUUCAUUAAAUUGUAAGCCCUUUUAAAGUGGUUAUCUCUUUGUUUGCACCCCUGAUGCUGGUGGACCAUAAAGAGAGAGGGUAAAUUUCUUCAAAGGCUGUUUCCAAUCUGAUAUAUGUUUACAUUAACACAAUGCAUUUCAUAUCCCCCCCAGGUUUUAUUUGGUGCACUAUGUGUAGGCGAAAGCCCUGCUGUGAAUUUUGAAAAAAAAAAUACAUAUAUAGUUAUUUUUGUCAUUGGAAAAUGAGCCCUGUUAGGACUUGUUAGCUCUUGGAUGAGCUGUGUGAGGGCCUUUUUCUUUCCUUUUCUUAAAAUGAGGUAACAUUCAUUUAAAAUCUGUCACUGGAAGUUGUGACAGUUGGUGAAAUUUAUACUGUAUUCUUUUUGGUGGUGCUUUUGAGAUCUGAAUGUGCAUUGCAGCAAAAUACAAAUUUUCAGUGUUACUUCUGUUUUUAUCACAUUAACAACUUCUUGUUUCCUUGGGCAUGGGGGAGGGGGGCAGAUGCAACCCCGAGAGAGGUGAGAAAUAAUAAAAGGAAUAUGUGAUGCAAUAGGUGGUUGUUCCCUUGAAAUAGCUAACAAUAUAAAGUUCUACUUUCUUUUGAGGGCUUUCUAAACAAAUGUACAGUACAUCAAUAAUACAGAUUCAGAAGGGGCAAGGAGUGAAUACAACUGAUUAUUUAUCAGGUGGUGACUUCCCAUAGGAUGCUAUAGCUAGUGUGGUGAAUCUUGAUUGUCUACCUAAUACAUGCACUGGUUGUACAGGCUGUAGGACUUUGGGAGUUGCCAUCUAGAAAAAUGGUGUUUCCAAGCUGGGCAUAGGCACCCAAGCAGAAAUCAAGGAAACAGGAAUGAUAGGUGGUAACAUGCACCUGGUUUUUACUGCAACAUAUAGACAAAUAUCUACUUGGUAAAUGGUCACAUAUACGCGCAAAGACUGUGCACUUAAACCAGCCUUCCCUGGCUUGGUUCUCACCAGAAGUGCUGGACGGCAAAUCUUCCAUUCCUAUAUUGGAGUUGCAGUCCCACAUCUCUGAAAGGGACCGGAUUAAAGUGACCUUUAGUGCAAAACUCAGAUGGCAUCACGGCAGAGCCAACAUGACACUUUU